UGGGACUCCAUCAACGAGAUGGACGAGUUCUUCCAGCCCAUUCACACCUACCAGGUGUGCAACGUCAUGACGGCCAACCAGAACAACUGGCUGAGGACCAGCUGGAUUCAGCGGCACGGCGCCCACCGGGUUUAUGCCGAGAUCCGCUUCACCCUGCGGGAUUGCAACAGCAUGCCCGGCGUCUCGGGCACCUGCAAAGAGACCUUUAACCUCUACUACCUCCAAUCCGACCGGGAUCUGGGCGGCACCACCCGCGAGAGCCAGUUUGUCAAGAUCGACACCAUCGCGGCCGACGAGAGUUUCACCAACGUGGACCUCGGGGUCCGGCGGCUGAAGCUGAACACCGAAGUCCGGGGGGUGGGACCCCUGACCAAGCGGGGUUUCUACCUGGCCUUCCAGGACAUCGGCGCCUGCAUCGCCGUCGUCUCCGUCCGCGUCUAUUACAAGAAGUGUCCCGCCAUGGUCCGGAACCUGGCGGCUUUCUCUGAAGCGGUCACGGGGGCAGAUUCCUCCUCCCUGGUGGAGGUGCGGGGGGAGUGCGUUGUGCACUCAGAGGAGAGGGACACCCCCAAAAUGUACUGCAGCGCGGAGGGGGAGUGGCUGGUGCCCAUCGGGAAGUGCGUCUGCAGCGCUGGGUACGAAGAACGGAAGGACGCGUGUUCAG